AUGCAGCAUCAUUAUCUCAGUAUUCAAGUAAAAUAUCGAUUCAAGCUAAAAAGAAGUGUUUUGUAUUGUGAUCAGUGUACGGGAAUUUGCACUCACAGAAAGUGGCAUCAACAGCUGUUUGAUGAUAGUUACUUUCAAGGUUGUACGGUCUAUAAUAUCGAUUACAGUCAACUAGCCAAUAUCAGUUGGGGGGAAAGACCUUCAAUAACAACAACAGAGACUGCUCCAUGUUUAUACGGUAUUCAUUAUUCCUUUGAAGGUCAAAAUGUGGCAAAAAAGUUUGAUAUAGGUUGCACUGAUGGAAAGCUUUUCCCAAGUACAUGGCAGUCUUUAAGUAUCAUUGGAAGAGUAGUAGGGUACUUGGUGAUGGGGACAUUAAGUGACUGGAUAGGUCGGAAAACUAUUCUCUUUAUUUCCUGCAUUUGUUUGCCCAUCACAGCCAUUCUUAUUGUUGUAUCUAACAGUUAUAUAUUAUUCAUCAUUUCCAAUCUCAUAAACAGUUUUUUCAAUGGUGGAUUAGCAGUUCUUUUUAUUUUAAUUAUGGAAAUUAGUGGUAAUAUUCAUAGAUCUGGAUUUCUAGCAGUUGGUUGUUGCUGUUUUGCCUUAGGAAUUGGACUGACACCAAUGAUCAAUCAUAUUAUCAAAUCUUAUGACAUAACAGUUUUAAUUAUUAAUUUAUUCUUCUUAAUAAUUCUUUUAUUCUAUCGUAUCUUACCUGAAUCACCAGCUUGGCUUUUUGUUACUCAUAAGAUCAAUGACAUUCAAGAUAUUCUAGAAAAAGCUGCCAAGAUUAAUAAGUCUUAUCUUAAUCCUUAUUUAAAGCUAAUUUACGCUGAUAACAAUGACAGAAAUAAUCAGCUUCCAAAAAAGAGAAUUUUUAUUUGGGACAUCGUUUUCAAGCCAGAACUAUCAUAUGAAAUUAUUGGAAUUACUUAUCUAACCGCUUUAUAUGGUCUUAUAUUUGGGUCAUCAUAUUAUUCAAUCUUGGAAGCAUUGUCCAAGUCUUAUCUAGCAAACAGUUUCAUCGCACUUGCUAUUCUAAUUGGAAUGUUAUGUGGACAAAUUUGUUUAUUUCUAAUGGGUCAUAAAAAAAUACUUCAAAUUUCUAUUUACUUAGUAUUCUUAAGCUCUGUCUUACUGGGCAUUGAUCUCCACGAAAUGGAGCCAUUAAAUACUGGACCAACUAUAACAUUACUUCUUGCAAAUAUUUCACUUGUCAGUUUGAGCUAUGGGGUUCUACUCAACUACAAUGUAAGAACUAUUCCAACAUUAUUGCGUGGAACUUUUUCUGGAAUUUGGAGAGCAGUUUGGGCAAUAUUUGUCUGGCUUGGAAAUCAUAAUCACAUCAAGUUUCCAACUCCGACAAUCCCUCUUAUCCUAACAUGUUUAGUUGCUGGACUAUUUUGCCUUAACUUUAAAGAUGUACAUGGAAGAGAGCUACCUGAUACGAUUCUGGAUGCUGUCAAUUUUAAAGUGUAA